CUUCUGAUGAUGAGAGAUUCAGAGCGUUUGACUCUUCCUAAAUUUGGUUCACUGACUUUUCUUUUGGGCUCGUCGUUAUCAUAAAAAGCCGUUUUGAGGUGAAUUGCGAUUGCUCUCAGGAUUACAACAAAGGGUAAAAUGAAUCAAAGACCCAAGAACGUUCAAGUAGCGGCUAAGGCUAAGUGGCAGGCACGGUCGAAACCAAUGUCUGAUUUUUUCAUAACACAGUUUCGAAAUGGGUCUUGUAUCUAAGCACUUGACUUCUAUUUUCAAACUUGUUGAUAGGCAUGGCAUUAUCUUGUUUCAGGAUCUUCCUAAUUACACUCAACACACUGUUCCUAUAUUUUCACUUCCUCAAGAGUGGCUGUGGUGUGAAUCCUGGUGUGGAAACGCCACAAAAUCCAUGGCCAGAACUAUCGAUCUUUGCAAUAAUCCCAUGACAAAGGAAUCAAAGCUUCAGGGUGCUAGAAGAAUAGUAACUGAAUGUCCCGAUCUUGAUCUCGGGGUACAAAAAUUCACAGAAAAGAUCUUGGGUGAAGAUAUGGAACUCAACGAGCCUGUAGCUGCUGCUGCGACAGAAAAUCCUAACCCUUCUCCUUCAAGCGACGUCUCUGAAGAUUCAGAACAAGACCUGGAAUCUAAGGCAGAACUGUAAAUGCGGAGAGGAGAAGUACCAGUUUCAAAAACACCUCUCAGCAAAACUAUCCUGGGAGAGUGAAGAAUCAACUGUAGUUUGCAUUUUUGCAAUGUUCUAAACUAGAUAGGCUCUACAUUGUGUGAAGUAGAUCAACCUUGUGCAAAAGAAUAAUCUCAG